AUGAAGUUCGCAACAGUAUUACUAUUUUCCGUAGAAGCAUUUCUUCUAGCAAAAGCACAACGCCUCGACUUUACAGCCAAGGAAUUAUCGGCAGACUACGUUGACCUACACACCUUGAAGGAUAAAAAUGUACAAGACUCCAGAGAAGUCAAAUUAUUCGCAUCCAAGCACUCGGACGGGUUCGACAGCGUAUUGGAAGGAAACUUUGUAGUUUGGGGAGACGACAGCAACUACAAGUGCUCCUACGCCAAGGUCUAUUUCAAGGAUGGAAAGACACUCGGACUGAAGCUGGGGCUCGUACUCAAAACAGGAGACCACUUGUCUGAGUACAACACUAAGGAGGCCUACCUGAGGAAGGUUGGCACGAAAUGGCUUGAGAUAAACAGAAAGGUCUUUUGGGAUUUCGUGAAGAGAACCUACGACCUCAACUACGCAGACAAGGGCUACGAAACCGACGAGGAGUUCGACCCAGCGGAGUCAAGCCUCGUAAUAGCAAAGCCGCCGCUCAACAGACUCAAACUCAUCACCGACAAACGCCCAAGACCACACUUCCCUCUUGAAGAAUCCAAGGACCUCCCCGAGGAGCUGGAGGUAAACGAACUAAAUGACAUAGUGUUGGUCAUCCCCCCAAGAGACGAGUCUGAGCACGCAGAUCCAAUGUCUGAGCUCGACAAGAUAACUGUUCCAGCAAAAACAGUAAAGCCAACCAAGGACUUGGGAGAAGACGCACAUCCUAUGUCCGAGCUCGACAAGAUAACAGGCCCAGCAAAAACAGUAAAGCCAACCAAGGACUUGGGAGAAGACGCACAUCCUAUGUCCGAGCUCGACAAGAUAACAGGCCCAGCAAAAACAGUAAAGCCAACCAAGGACUUGGGAGAAGACGCACAUCCAAUGUCCGAGCUCGACGAGAUAACUGUUCCAGCAAAGGGCGAUGAGAAGAAACACGAGUUCAGAAGGGGGACUCCAGAAGAAAAAGGGGCCAAAUUGAGAAAAGAAGGUGACGAUAAAAGUGUGGUCGUAAAGGAGGUCAAGGACGGCAAAAAAAGCUCAUUCCUGACAAACUCACUCUUGUUACCAGGAAUAUUAAUGAUGCUCUACACAUUCCACUAA